AUGGCCAGGCUCUCUACCUACACGCCUCUCAUAUGUAUAGUAUCCAGCGACACCAACAGUGAUUGCGAACAAUGGAUCCAGCCACCUGAGACAUCAGAAUAUCAUACAGGAUACGUUGACUCAGGGUCAGAUAACUGGAACAAGCAUUUAGAGAAACGGACCAAGACUGAAACGUUAGAGAACGGAUGGAAUGGGCAAUCCAAGGCUGAUACAGAAACCAAAGAGAACGUUGAUGAAGCUGAUGGAGAUAUUAGCGUGAAUUAUCUUCGAGGUAGAAGGCUUCUGGGUGAGACAUAUGAUUUCAAGAAGAGUUGUGGGUAUGAAAUGUUGGUGAUGGAAGAGAAAGAUGAUGGAAUUUGUGGAUUAUCCGAUGACAAGAUAAUGGAACUGAAGGGAAUCUGUGAGAAGGUGAUCAGUUAUGGACAUGAUGAAAUCCCUGAUAAAGAUAGUGACACAAUUGAAAGGGUGAAGGAGUGGAUAGAUGACUACAGAAGUACUGCAUCUGGCAAUAAUAAUGAAAAUCUGGUGGCAUCGUCUCAGUAUAUAGAUUCCAGCAUUUUCCAGCAGUUCAUUUGGAUAGUGGAAAAGUACGGAGUUGCCAGUACUUUGGAUCGAAGUGAUUAUAGACAUCGGAAAAGAAUGGGUAUCAAACUUCCAGCGACCCCUAUAGAUUCGACAGGCGAUGAAUUGAACAGCUAUGUUACCAGAUUGGACUCGCUUGACUUCAAAAACAACCAGGAAUUGUUGCCGUAUCUUACAGAUAUUUAUAUGACUCUCACGGACUCGCCUCUACUUUCAGCUCACUCUUUCAAUCUUAUUAUCUCGUUCUUUGCCAAACAGUACAAGACAUUGGAGUGUUACCAGAUUCGAACCAAAAUGGAGAAGUUGAAUCGGCAGGCGAAUACAGAAACCAUCAACAUCCUUUUGGAUGUCACAUUCAGAAAGCAUCACCAAUGGUCUAAGAAAUCAAAUACUUUGGAGCUGUUGGGCCUAUUUGGCCGACCGAAGUCUGAAAACUCACUGGAGGUGCUUCGACCCAAUGGAACAACAUGUCAUGUGAUGUAUCGAGGACUCGAGGAUUCUGAUUUGAAACAGAAAAUAUUGGAAACCAUGAUCGACAGUAAAGUCUCUCUAUUUAGAAUAGCAGAGUAUAUAGCAGAAGAGAAAUUGAAAGUUGGGAGAUCUCCAGAGGAUGUAUGCAAGUUGCUAACAGAUCACAAAGUGAAGUGGAGCUAUCCUCCAAUUGCUUCAAAAUUUGUCGACUGGUACUUAGAAGCGGAACAACCAGCAAAGGCAUGGGAAAUCACUUUAGAAGCUGCCAAGAACAACAACAGCCAGGCUCCAAGCUUUAGAAUUGUUCGAAAAUUCUACUGGCAUUUUAUUAAAGGAAACAAGUUCUACAAUUGCAUUGCUUUGGCCAAUUACUUAAGGUUCGCUUUGGAUUAUAAAGAAGAUUAUCAAGGAUGGAAUUACCUACUCAACGGAAUGGUUCACUUACAACCGUUUGAAUAUUGGUGCCUAGUAGCUAAAAAGUUAUACCAAUUGAAUCUAAUGGAGAAAAAUACCAAUAAAGGAGGAGAAACUGACAUUCUUACCAAAAAGCAAUACGAAACUGUUAAUCAGUAUGGAAAUAAUCUACAAGAAGGAUUUGACAUUCGAAGGCCGUUUGAAAGCAAUCUAGAAAAGCAGUUGGCAGAUCAAAUUCUGAAACGGCUAUUUUGGGAGGAUGGCCCCAAAUGGGAAUUACAGGACAAUACUAUGGACUUUCAACAUACCACAGAAUUAUUUAUAAACGCAUCCAAGUAG